GAAGACGAAGGAGGUGGUGGCGGAGGCGGAGGGCGGGGUGGAGGGUCUGGCGUUUGCGCCUUUGACCAGAUCAGGAGGCCGCACGCGCCGCUGAACAGACCAGCAGGAGUGAGCAUUUCAGAAAUAAUCAGUGAACCUGUUGCAACACCAUGCUGGCAGCAAGGUUUGUGUGUCUGCGGACCCUGACCCUACCUUCCAGUACUCUCCACACAGCACUUACAAAGACCUCUCCUGUUCUGAGGAAUUCCGUUCUGAAGACAAAUCAAUGGCUCUUGCAAUCCAACAGAGGCUAUGCCACCAAAUCAAGAAUUGGGGUCCGACGUGGAAGAACUGGCCAAGAAAUUAAGGAAGCUGCAUUCGAGCCAUCAGCAGAAAGGGUGUUUAAAAUUGAUCAGAUGGGAAGAUGGUUUGUUGCUGGAGGAGCUGCUGUUGGUCUUGGAGCACUCUGCUUCUAUGGCUUGGGAAUGUCAAAUGAGAUUGGGGCUAUUGAAAAAGCAGUAAUCUGGCCACAGUAUGUGAAGGAUAGAAUUCAUGCCACCUAUAUGUAUUUCGCGGGGAGUGUUGGUUUGACAGCAUUGUCUGCCUUAGCAGUUAGCCGAUCACCUGCUUUAAUGACCUUUAUGAUGAAAGGCUCUUGGUUGACAAUUGGAGCAACUUUUGCAGCCAUGAUUGGAGCUGGAGUGCUGGUUCGGUCAAUAUCAUAUGAACGGAGCCCAGGCCUAAAACAUCUUGCUUGGAUGUGCCAUUCUGGUGUCAUGGGUACAGUAGUGGCCCCUUUGACUUUGUUGGGUGGCCCUUUGAUCCUCAAAGCUCUUUGGUAUACAGCAGGCAUUGUGGGUGGCCUCUCUACUGUAGCCAUGUGUGCUCCAAGUGAAAAAUUUCUGAACAUGGGAGCACCACUGGGAGUGGGCCUGGGUGUUGUUUUUGUUUCUUCUUUGGGAUCUAUGUUUCUGCCACCUACCACUCCACUUGGGGCUGGUCUUUAUUCUGUGGCAAUAUAUGGUGGAUUAGUUCUUUUUAGCAUGUUCCUUCUGUAUGAUACCCAAAAAGUCAUCAAGCGUGCAGAAAUAAUGCCCAUGUAUGGAACAGAAAGAUAUGACCCCAUUAACUCGAUGUUAGCAAUCUACAUGGAUACACUGAAUAUCUUUAUUCGAGUAGCCACCAUGCUAGCAACUGGGAGCAACAGGAAGAAGUGAAGUGAUUGCAUUUUGAACCAUCCAGACCUCAUCAGAUACUCUUGCUUGUGUUCUUGGUGUGUAUACUUAUUAAAUCAUUUCUUGUACAAGCAGCUUUGGUUGAAGUCAGAAGUUCAGAGCCGCUUCAGCAUGUUAAGAUAUUCCAGUACAAUGUGAUGCUUCAAGUUCUACCUUUCUUGAGAAUAAAUUCAGCAUUCUCUUGCAAAUAAGCAUA